AUGAAGCAUUUAUCAUCGUCAACAUUCCUGGGGCCUUGGGUUCGUUUGGAGGGGAUCGCAACAUCGCAGCUUCCACCAGGUGCCAAGGGAAAUGAACCUUCGAAUCAAACUUCUGCGAGUCCAGAAUUCUUUCAUGACCCCGGGUCUGCUCCAGCUCCCGACAUCAAGUCAUUUAUCACCAGCGUCCUUUCCGAGUCGAUACCAUUCAUCGAUGGUGUCGCGCCGAAAUCUGGUGGCCCGACAACUUGGAAGGUUAACGGGUCGCCAAAGAAAUAUAGUUCAUCUACAGCGCCGGUUCAUUUGUAUGAGUGCACGGUGCUUGGGAAAGAGCUAGACAAACUAGAGGGGAUGAGCCAAUACAGCGCCGAUAGGAAAGAUGAGACGUGGUUCUGUAGACGGAGCGUUCAUAAAGACGCCGCGGAGGAGGGCACAGCAAAUUUCGACGAAUUCAAGCAUAAUUUUAAGGAACACCAUGCGGAAUCAGAAGUGGCCUUUACACCAACUGUCAUUGAUCGUCGGGAUGCUAUGAGAUGGGAUACAAGUGGCAUUGAGGUUGAGGUACGGGGUGGGCUGUGGAACAACAUCACUGUGGUGGUGGAGGAGAUGAAGCACAAGAUCGAUCCCAAACCCCUCAAAAAUCGCACAUUCCCUGUUAUCCAAAUCGCCGCUGCAUUGGAAGGAACUCGGGAAUUCAUUUUCGUCUCGAUACCUGUCCAUAAUUUUGACAAGUCACCGUACGCAGAAUUCGCGCUGGACAAGGCCUUGGUUGUGGCGGCAUAUGUAUCGAUAGAACGGAUACGGGUACUUCCCACCAAUGGCGAUAUCGAGUGGGUCAUGGCUACAGCAGCCAACGCAAAAGGAGUCCUCCCGCAGUGGAUGCAAAACCUAGCCGUACCCGGUGCAAUCGGCAAAGAUGUUGAGCUCUUCAUGUCGUGGAUCCCAAGUCAGAGACACACAAACCCCGUACCAGCCCCGAUAUCCAAAUCCGGCCCGCAAAAGACACUUCCUAGAGCGCCGGCAUCCUCUAAUGAUAAUAAUGAUACUAAUACGACACAUCCUCCCAUUUCAAAGGCUGGCACUAAGCCGUCGGCGAUGGGGAUCGACUCGUCAAAUAAGGAAUUGCCGGCCGCACCAGCGCAGUGA